CAUCGCUUCUUCCCUUUUCCCCGAUCCCUCACUUGAUCAGUCUAGAUUUCUGGAAUUACGGUUGUGUCCUUCUGUUGGUGGUUGUUAGUUAUCGUGGUUAGGGGAAGCUAGGAAAGAUGCUUUCUCUGCAGGAGGCGAACGGGCUGGACCUGGACGUCAUGGGGUCGGGGUUCGGGUUCACCCCGUGGGGCCCCGACACGUGCCCCACACUCGACCAGCUCAUGGCGGCCACCACCACGCCGUCCUCGUCCUCGUCCCCCUGCUCGUCCGUCGGUGCGGCGUCGCCGGAGGAGGAAGAGGCGGAGCUGCGGCGGCGCCAGCGCCGGAAGGCGUCGAACCGGCUGUCGGCGCGGCGGUCGCGGGCGCGCAAGCAGCAGCGGCUGGAGGAGCUCCGCGGGACGGCCGCGCAGCUCCGCGCCCAGAAGCGGGAGCUGGCCGCCAGGCUCAGCCUCGCGGCGCGGCACGAGCUCGCCGCGCGACGCGACAACGCGCGCCUCCGUGCAGAGGCCGCCGCGCUCGCGCGACGGUGCCGCGAGGCACGCCGGACUCUCGCGCUGCAGCGGCUCGCGCAGGAGCUACGGUCGCGCCGUCAGAUUCUGCAGCCGGGCGGCGGCGGUGGCGCUCUCGCGACAGGAGGAGCCGCGGCCUUCGGACCGGGACAAGGAGCAGCGAUGGGGCUGGCGUCUCUGAUGACCUAGGAGCCACUUCGCAGGUGGAGUUUUUGAACGGAUGGCGACGAGAGUACGUACGUGGACUGGAUGCACUAGCUGCUGCUGCUGCUUUAAGCUGCAUGCUGCCUAUAUGACGUGGACGCUAGCUGCAUAUAUAUAUAUAUAUAAUUAAGAACGUACUACAUGAAUGGAUCGGAUCGUCAGCUGAUGUAAAUUAUUAAAUGGAAAAUUACUGCUUUGGUGCCGUAAAGAA